UUUGCAGCUAAUUUACAAAUGAUUACUGUUAGAAGUUUUAGACAGUUUGAGACAGAAUAACUUGGAAUUUUUAAACAGCUUUUUUCGUUUAUCUUGUUUUGCGUUACAACAUUGACUAGUUGGAUUCAUAAAAUGGUCAAAGAAACCGGAUAUUAUGACAUCCUUGGCGUCAAGCCCGACUGUACUUUAGAUGAGUUGAAGAAAGCAUACAGAAAGCUAGCUCUCAAAUACCAUCCGGACAAAAACCCAAGUGAAGGUGAGCGGUUCAAGCAAAUUUCGCAGGCUUAUGAAGUACUGUCAAACCCAGAGAAGAGAGCCAUCUACGACAGGGGUGGUGAAGAAGCAUUGAAGGCGGGAACUGGAGGUGGAGGAUUUUCCUCCAACCCUAUGGAUAUAUUUAACAUCUUCUUUGGAGGUGGCAGAAGAGGGCCGGGUGAACGGAAAUGUCAAGACGUUGUACAUCAGCUCUCAAUAUCCUUAGAGGAUCUGUACAAGGGUUCCACGAGGAAACUGGCAAUCGAGAAGAAUGUUGUUUGUGAAAAGUGUGAAGGUCGUGGAGGAAAGAAAGGUGCCAUUGAGAAAUGCGGGACCUGCGGAGGCUCCGGAAUCGAAAUCCAGGUACACCAGCUGGGACCUGGCAUGAUGCAGCAAAUACAGCGUAUGUGCAGCGACUGUAAGGGCCAAGGAGAGAAGAUCCCCAUCAAAGACCGCUGCAAGACGUGCAACGGGAAGAAGACAGUUAGAGAUCGAAAAGUCCUCGAAGUCCACGUCCUUCCUGGAAUGGUUGACGGUCAAAAAAUCACGUUUACAGAAGAAGGAGACCAAGAACCUGGGUAUAAACCUGGUGAUAUUGUUAUAGUACUGGAUGAAAAGAGUCACCCCAGGUUUAAAAGAUCGGGAAGUGACUUGAUCUUUCGAAUGGAAAUUGAGUUGGUAGAAUCCUUAUGUGGGUUCAAAAAGGUGAUCAGAACUCUAGAUGACAGGAAUCUUCUGAUCACUGUCAUUCCAGGGGAAAUAGUAAAACAUGGGGAUAUCAAGUGCGUUAUAGGGGAGGGGAUGCCUCAGUAUCGUAAUUCGUCCGAGAAAGGUAAACUAAUUGUUCAGUUUAGUGUCAAUUUUCCAUCCGUGCUUCCACCUACUGUGAUGGCGCAACUGGAGCAGUGUUUACCACCAAGGCCUCAGCAAGACGUCCCUGAAAAUGCUGAAGAGUGUCUUCUGAGUGAUAUGGUCAUGUCCUCCGAAUCUAGAAGACGAGCACCCAGAGGACAAGAAAGUGAGUCAGAAAUGCCUCAGGUCCAGUGUGCAGCUAAUUGAUUGGUUGAACCAUGCAGUUGUUAUGUACUUGGAGUUUCUUGUUGUUACCGUUUUAUCAAUUUUAUUUCCUUAAUAAAAUGAGUUUAAUAAUAA